AUGGCAACAGAUAAGCCUGCAGUGCUGAUUAUCGGUGGGCUGGGGUUCGUCGGCCGUCACCUCGCACUCCAUAUACACAAAAAUAAUCUUGCGUCGGAGCUACGGAUCGUGGACAAACUGCUACCACAGUUGGCAUGGCUGGCCCCGGAGUUUGAGCAGGCAUGUUCCAAAGAACAAUUCGUACAGGCCGAUGCCAGUCGCGAACAGUCAUACCCCCGAAUCUUCGACCGCGCCGACGGCAAACAGUUCGACUACGUAAUCAACUGCGCCGCCGACACACGGCCCUCUCAGCCAGAAGAAGUAUACCAACUCCGCAACCAUGCCAUGUGCAUGGGACUCGCCAAGGAGGUCGCCAAACGCAACAUCAAAGUCUACGCGCAAGCGUCAACCUCAUACAUCUACAAAAGCGGCUCUAAGCCGGCCAAGGAAGACGACAAGAAGAAACCAUGGCACAAUCUCGCAAAAUGGCAAUUACAGGUUGAAGAAGAUUUACCUGGUGUCGAAGGGUUAAAUUGGGUUUCGUUGCGGUUACCGCAUAUAUAUGGUGAAUACGAUAGGGGUUAUACGGCGGUUGCGAUUGCGCUGGCCAGGACGCAUCAGUGGCUUCAGACUGGGUUUGAUCAAUUGGAGAGUAAGGAUUUGAAGUUCAAUACGUUACAUGUCAAGGAUGCUGCGUGCGCGUUAUGGACGGCGGCGGAAUGGCGCGCUGGUGAAAAGGAUAAUAAAGAUGCGCCGCAUAUCUUCAACGUUGUCGAUCAUACAGAUACAACCCGCGACCAAAUCGGAGCCGCGCUCGCAGAAGUCUUUGAUCUCAAAGUCACGUUUGCAGGCAUGUUAGUGUCCCAAUUGGCUCGACUCAAAUUAAACGAUAUCGUCGACGAGAUGAAUGAAGAAAUGCUGCAGGCAUGGGCUGAUAUGUUGGAAGAAAAAGGCAUUACGAGACCCGGUCCCAUCAGUCCGUUCAUUGAAAUUGAUAUGCUUUCCGAUAACGAUUUGUGUAUUGAUGGGUCGUUGUUUGAGUCUACUACGGGCUUUCAGCUGGAGUAUCCCCGGUUUAGUUCGGAUUCUAUAAGGGAGGUUAUAGCUUCAUAUGAAAGGAUGGGAUGGUGGCCUUGAUCCGAUACGAAUCCUUUCUGGGGUUGGAUUUUCUUUUGGUUCAUUCUUCUUGUUUCUUCUUCGCAUAUAGUUGCAGUUUGUCAUUAUCUUUUUCUUUUGACUGCCCAUCAUUCUAUACUGUGCAUACCUUGGAUAUCAUCAUCACCAUCGCACCUUAUGUAUUAUUAAUAUCAUUCACCCUUGUCUUUUCGUUUCUGCCUGUCAUUCUUCUCUUGAUAUACCAGACAUCUGGUCGCCUUGCAUAGCUUUA